UUAUUGUAAAUAUUUCUUUGUGAGGGCUUCUUCUUUUUCCCCUCACUGUCUUGUCUGACUGUCUUUUUCUCAAGUGCUCUCUAGGGCUUCCCCACUCCCUUCAAAACAAACUUUGCAGGCUUUGCUGUCAGAAUCCUCUCACUCCCUCACUGCUAUCUGCCAAACAUUAUAAAGGAACCCCACACACCUCACUGCUCACCCCUUUCUUUUUUUCUUUUUUUUCUUCUUCAUAAACUUGGUCUUUACACAUCCAACGUAACAUAACAUUACACCAUACCUAACCAGAGUUAAUUAAAUUAAGCCCGCUCCACAUAAUCGACCAAACUUAAAAGCUCUGGUUUCUCUUUCUCUCUCCUCUCUAUUUCUCUCUCUUCAUGGACUUCCAUUAUCUGAAGCAAUGGAGAAACCAGGAUGAGUCAGAGGAACAACAACAUUCUACAAAGAUGCCAAAACUUCUCCCACCAGAAUCCCAUCAACAACAGCCACCAUCACCUGCCUCUGCUCUCCCCUUGUUUGUACCUGAACCCAACAGCAAAGUCACCUGCACCCUGUCAGAUUCAACACUUGCUCCUCAUACUACUACUACUACUACCACCAAAUUCCCCAGAAUGGGGAGUUACUUCAGCUUGUCACAGUGGCAGGAGCUUGAGUUGCAGGCUUUGAUAUUCAGGUACAUGUUGGCCGGUGCUGCUGUUCCCCCUGAGCUCCUUCAACCAAUCAAGAAAAGCCUCUUCCAUUCUUCUCCCUAUUUCCUUCACCACUCUCUCCAACACUAUCAACCUGCAGCUCUGUUGCAAUCAGGGUACUGGGGAAGAGCAUCAAUGGAUCCGGAGCCAGGGCGGUGCCGGAGGACUGACGGGAAGAAGUGGCGGUGCUCGAGGGACGUGGUGGCCGGUCAGAAGUACUGCGAGCGCCACAUGCAUAGAGGUCGAAACCGUUCAAGAAAGCCUGUGGAACUACCCACACCAACCACUGGUGGUGGAACUACUUUAGGCGUUGUUUCAUCAUCUUCUUGUAUCUCUUCACCGCCUCUUGCCACUGCCUCAUUGAAAUCCCCUUUUGAUCUCAUUCACCUUAAUAAUGAACGGUCCUCUGGGAGUGGAGGGACCAAGGAAGAAGAAAACAAGAGGGUGUUUGAAAAUCAAGAUAACCAUCAUCAUGUGGGUGGGGAUGGUGGCAGAUCAGGUGGGCACAUGCUGAGGCAUUUCUUUGAUGACUGGCCACGCUCACUGCAUCAGGACCCUGAAAACGCUGAAAACAAUGGUGGUGGUGGUGGGAGUGGGAGGAUAAACUCGGCCACAUCACUCUCAAUUUCAAUGCCUGGAAAUAAUGCUGCUUCUUCAGAUGUAUCACUAAAGUUGUCCACUGGGUAUGGGGAGGAUCCGGGUCCAAGAAAUGGGAAUGGGAAUGCAGAGGCAGAGCAACUGCAGUUGAGUUGGGCCGGAGGCUGGAGUUCGGGGAAUCAAGUGGCUUCAAUGGGAGGGCCACUUGCUGAGGCACUCAGAUCAUCCACUUCCACUUCAUCUCCCACCAGUGUUCUGCAUCACUUGCCUCGUGCUUCUGCCUCUCAGACCAGCUUCAUUAGCACCUAGUUUUUAACUCAAUUGGUGCUCCCAUUUACUGUCUGGAUCUUUUUUUUUCUGCUUGUUUAUUGGGUGGGAUUUUAUUUUCCACUUUUGUGGCCAUUGUUGGACACUGGACAUGCUUGUAACACUUUUGAGUCAAUCCUAUGGAAUGCAUCUGUUGUUUCCAAG